GCUGUAUCAGCCGCCGACGCGGCGGUCGCCGAGGCCAGCCUGAUGCGCGCGGGCCCCUCCUCCCCCUCCGACCUGCCGCCGUCAUCGUCUACACCCUCCUCCGGGCCCUCUAGUCAGCCUCCUCAGCUGCUCGCGCAGGUGGCGCAGACAGAUAGCGCAAGCGGAUGGCGGCCGCCACUUGCGAGCGCCUGUGGGGCCGUUCGUGCGGCGAGCAGCUGGCCGCAAAGGCGCAGGCGUCACCGGCAGCGGGACGGCGGUGGCUAGCUGCCGCGCGGGCCGCGAGGCUAGUCGCUUCGGCGUCGGCGGCCACCAGCGGGGCUUCGCCCGCGCGCAGGACUUCGAUUCUGCCACCUCCGCCGUGAAGUCCUCGGCUCCGCUCGCUCCGGUUUCACGGCGGGGAAUGGCGCUGCCGGCGGCGGCGGAAUCUACCUCGUUCCCAUACGCGCGCCACAAGAAGGCCAGCAGGAGCCGCGAGAUCAAGGUGGCGUACAGACGGCCUUCUCUGAUGCGGCACAACAUCCGGCUGCCUCGUCUGCAUCAACCAGAUUCUCUUCACCUUGAAGAACUCCUGACUUCAAAGCGAUACAGGCGGCAGCACCAUCGUGGAUAGUAAGCACCAACAGAAAGCACGACGCAGUAUCUCAGCUGCCUGUAACAUGUUCGACAAAAUGUCUAGCUCCUAACACAGAUCAUGUGGCACAAUUAUAAUAAGAGUGAGGUCAACAUCGCUUUCCCCAACUACUGAGCCUAUGUCUACACCAAGCAUUGCGCCUAUCACCCAGAUGAUUAUCAUCCAAGUACGCAGACAAGGCUCCCCUUGGUGCUUACCAGCAAUAAUUUCAGCUCAUCUGGAUCAAAGCCUGCGACAGAAUCGCUUCAAUAUAGACCGGUUCGCUAAAGACAGCCUCAACACGACCAUCACUGGGUCAGGUUUGUGGCCACAAAUCAAAACAACUCAGGUUCACAUCAUAUUUUUUUUCAAGGAGGUGAGACGUCGUGCAGCAGCGGGACGUGCUGCUGAAGGCAUCACCAGUGUGUGCGACCUCCUGAGCAAGGACUUCAACCCAUUCUCUCCUCCGACCAUCUCUGUUGCUCCUGUGCAUCCAGCAUUCAUGUGCCCAGGUGCAUCUGCUCCUAUUACUCACAUCUCCCUCCCUGCCAUAGUGUAUCAGUGAAAUGAAAUAGAAAUCAUGUAGUUGUCUUUCCCAAAUGGCAAUCCUUUUAUACUCCACUCAUUAUUUUCAAUUUCCUGUACAACUUUUUCAGGUUAUGUGCCAAUUAUCUAGGUGUAAAAAAAUUACAAUUUAGUUAGCCUUGUAUUAUAAUAUACAUGGAGCAUUAGGUAUUCAUUUAUUUUGCAGAUUUACCUCAUAGGUUGCGUAAGGGAAGCUACGCUUUUUUAAGCUCCUUACUAUGGAGAUAGCUGAAGAUGAUGAUUACCCAAUUUAUUCCAUUCGGCUGGUUAUGCAAAUAUAGUAGUCCCUGGAAUGGGAGAUUAUUUUCUUGUUAUACCAGUUUAGCAUCUAUGCUCCUUUAAAGUCUGAUAGUAUCUAUUUUCAGAAUUUUAUUUGUCUUUGUGCUGUACUGCAGCCGUGUAACUGUUGUAUGCUCAUUGCACAUGUUCUCUGGUUACCAUAUCACCAGGCAACAAUUUGGACAAACUCUUCUUUAGAUCUCAGGUCGAUUCUCGUGCUUUUAUAUUAUGCCCUCAUAUUUAUAGCUUAUA